GGCACCAACACGUACAACUCGAAAAGUCAGCCCAUGCACAAGCUCACCCUUGUCAAUAAAAGGCUGUUAUAAUCUUCAAGGCCUAAACAUUGCCAUUUCACGGAACAUAUGGCCAUGGUUUUCUCAAGAUUACUUCUGUUCCUCUCUGCCAUUUUCAUACUCGCUGCUCAAGCAGUCGCGCAGCCAGCUGCCUUCCUUUACCAGUACUGUUUCAACGACAACGGCAACUACACCGCCAACAGUACCUAUGAGACAAACCUCAAUCACCUCCUCUCCUCCCUCUCCUCCAACACAGAAAUUGACUACGGCUUCUACAAUUCCUCUUAUGGCCAAAACUCUGACCAAGUAUAUGCAACUGGACUUUGUAGAGGAGAUGUUAGCCCAGAUGAUUGCCGCGAUUGUCUCAAUAAUGCUACGUCUCUUAUCACGCAGAUUUGUCCCAAUCAAAAGGAGGCAAUUGGAGGGUACGACAAAUGUAUGUUACGAUACUCAAAUACCUCCAUUUUGGGUGUCAUGGAAACUCGUCCUGCUUUCUACAUGUGGAACUCGAACAACGUAUCUGCCAAUUACGUGGAUCAGUUCAACAAUAAUCUUAGUGCCUUGUUGCAAAGCCUAAGAAAUCAAGCAGUAGCAGGUGGUUCUCUACGUAAGUUUGCAGUAGGAAAUGCUACGGCACCGAACUUUCAAACAUUAUAUGCACUUGUACAGUGUACACCUGAUUUGUCUGAGCUAGAUUGCAACAAUUGCCUACUUGGGGCUUUUCAAGAUAUUCCAAACUGUUGCAAUGGGAAGGUAGGUGGGCGAGUCAUUGAACCCAGUUGUAAUAUCAGGUUUGAGAUCUACCAGUUCUACGACUCGACAGCGGCUCCGUCACCAGUAUCUCCUCCGCCACCAGUAUCUCCUCCUCCACCAUUAACCAACACUGAUACAACAAAAGGGAGCGGGAGCAACACAUCUAGGACUGUCAUCAUUAUAGUUGUGUCGACUGCUGCUUUUGUGGUACUAGUCAUCUCCUUCUGCAUAUUUUUCAGAGUAAGGAGGAAGCCAAGAGAAAAACUUGAAACUGUUGAUGAAAUUAAAAGCGUGGAAUCCUUGCAAUUUGACUUUGGCACUAUUAGAGUUGCGACAGAUAACUUCUCUGAAGAAAAUAAGCUCGGCCAAGGUGGAUUUGGUGCUGUUUACAAGGGUAGGCUCUCUGAUGGACAAGUUAUAGCUGUAAAGAGACUAUCAAUAAAUUCUGGACAAGGAGAUUUAGAAUUUAAAAAUGAGGUCUUAUUGGUGGCUAAACUUCAACAUCGUAAUCUAGUUAGGCUCCUUGGCUUUUGCUUGGAAGGAAGUGAAAGACUAUUAAUAUAUGAGUUUGUGCCGAAUACGAGCCUUGAUCACUUCAUUUUCGAUCCAAUUAAGCGUUUACAUUUGGAUUGGGAAAGGCGCUACAACAUUAUAGGAGGCAUUGCUAGAGGGAUUCUUUAUCUUCAUGAAGAUUCUCGACUUCGUAUUAUUCAUCGUGAUCUUAAAGCUAGCAACAUUCUUUUAGAUGCGAAAUUGAACUCGAAAAUCUCAGAUUUUGGCAUGGCAAGACUAUUUUUAUUGGAUCAAACUCAAGGGAAUACAAGUAGAAUUGUUGGAACCUAUGGAUAUAUGGCUCCAGAGUAUGCAAUGCAUGGACAAUUCUCUGUAAAGUCUGAUGUCUUUAGCUUUGGUGUAUUAGUAUUGGAAAUAGUGAGUGGAGAGAAAAACAAUUGCUUCCGAAAUGGAGAGAAUGUGGAGGAUCUUCUAAGCUACGCGUGGAAAAACUGGAGAGAAGGAACUACUUCAAAUAUUGUAGAUCAAACAAUGAGGCUUGGCUCGACAACUGAAAUUAUGAGAUGCAUCCACAUUGGGUUACUAUGUGUUCAAGAAAAUGUAGCUGACAGACCAACCAUGGCUUCUGUGGUUCUCAUGCUUAAUAGCUACUCUAUCACUCUUCCAGUACCCUCACAACCUGCAUUUUUUAUGUAUAGUAGUAGCAUUGACUCAGAGACAACAUCCCGAUGGGAGCAAAACACACAAGUUACAGAGUCAAAUAAAAAAUCAAAAAGCAACUCCAUCCAAGCCUCAAUAAACGAGGCUUCAAUUACUGAGCUCUACCCACGCUAGUGCUUUAGAAGCUACAAUUAAGAAUGUAUAUUUUGUAAAGUUAAACUACUAUGGUCUAUGACUAUGUACCAUAGUAGUAUAUUUAGUUCGUUGUAUCUGUUUGUAUGCUGCUAGCUAGAUCUGUUUGGUGGUCGAAAAAAAAAAACGUGUUGAUGGGGAGAUGAAAAUAAAAGUACAUUGUCCUUGAAUCCAAUUGAAAAUAACUUCUGUCC